CUGGAGCUGCUGCUGCUGCUGUCGUGUUGUGUUGGAUAAACCCACUCCUGCUCGGCUCUGGAAACAAGCGGCCGACGGAUUACUCCUGCUGGGCGGCGUUAGCUCGGCGGCUAACGGUGAAGGAGAGCCAUGAACCCCCGCCGGAGCCGGUGAAAGUUUCCACACACUUUCCCUUCACGUAAAAAAGGAGCGUAACUUUGGAAGACUGCACUGGCGAAGGGACCGAAAAUGAAGAAGCAGUUCAAUCGGAUGAAGCAGCUCGCCAAUCAAACAGUUGGGAGAGCGGAGAAAACAGAAGUCCUCAGUGAUGACCUCCUACAGAUCGAGCGGCGUAUGGAGUUGGUGCGUGUGGUGUCGCACAACACACACAAGAAGAUGGUGUCAUGUCUACAGGGACACAUCGGCGCAGAUGCAGAGAAGAGACAUUCCGUACCACGCCUCUAUACAGGAAACGGUCAGAAAAAGCUUCCUCUCACCGCGCUGUCCCAGGCCAUGGUUGAAGGUGGAAACCAGUUGGGAGAAGACUCCUUGAUAGGGAAGAUGAUGGAAGUGUGUGGGGAGGCAGAGAAUCGUCUGGCGUCAGAACUGAUGCAACACGAGCUGCAGAUAGAGAAGGAUGUUCUGGACCCACUCAGCCAGCUUGCAGAGGUAGAAAUCCCCAACAUCCUGAAGCAGAGGAAACAGUUGGCUAAGUUGGUGCUGGACUAUGAUUCUGCCAGAACGAGGUGGUUGCAGGCAACCAAAUCAAUAAUCUCAGGUACAAAUACUCAAGCACUGACGGCCAAGGCUGAUUUACUCAAGGAGGAAGUCGAUGAGGCUAUGAAUAAAGUGGAGCUUUGCAAGGAUCAGCUCGCUGCAGACAUGUACAGUUUUUUCUCAAAAGAAGGCGACUAUGCCCACUACUUCAUAACGCUCUUAGAAGCCCAAGCUGAUUACCACAGAAAGUCUCUCACUGUUCUGGAGAGUGUCUUGCCAGCCAUCCAGGCUCAGCAAGACUCAUGGAUAGAAAAGCCUGCGUUUGGCACCGCUCUGGAAGAUCACCUGAAAAGGAGUGGAAGAGAGAUCGCUCUGCCAAUAGAGGCCUGUGUCAUGAUGCUUCUAGAGACCGGAAUGAAGGAAGAGGGUUUGUUCAGAAUAGCGGCGGGAGCGUCCAAGCUAAAGAAGCUGAAGGCGGCGCUGGACUGCUCCACUUCACAGCUGGAGGAGUUCUACUCCGACCCCCAUGCUGUCGCUGGAGCCCUGAAGUCCUACCUGAGAGAACUCCCUGAACCUUUAAUGACCUACCAGCUUUACGAUGAAUGGAUCCAGGCCUCCAGCGUGUCGGACCCAGACAAACGGCUGCAGGCGCUCUGGGUUGUUUGUGAUCAACUACCAAAGAACAACAAAGCCAACUUGAGGUAUCUGGUGAAGUUUUUAGCCAAACUGGCUCAGGACAGCGAGGUGAACAAAAUGAAUCCCAGCAACAUUGCCAUCGUCCUUGGGCCCAAUCUGAUGUGGGCCAAGACUGAGGGGAGUCUGGCUGAGAUGGCAGCAGCCACUUCGGUGCACGUGGUGGCCAUUGUUGAGCCCAUCAUCCAGCAUGCUGACUGGUUCUUUCCUGAGGAUGUGGAGUUCAAUGUUUCUGGCAUGUUUGUGAUGCCAACCCCUGCGUCCAAUCACAACAAUCACAUGGAUUAUGACUGUAGCACCAUUGAGAGGAAGAGGCCCUGCAGUAUGGUGGGACCAGAGAAUGACACGGCACGCAAAGACAACAACCCUAACAAGCACCCGGACCACACCCUUCGUAGAGGCAGUAACACCUUAGGUAGAAAGCAGCACACCUCACCUGCCUUCCAGCCUCCUUUACCCCCUGUGGAGGCUCAAGGGCUUGCCCCUCAGCCCUCGGCUGAACCACAGCCACUAGCUCCAGCAGGGGGUUCGGGGCCUGAGCCUUCGCAGCAUAGCUUGACACAGAACCUGGCUGCUCUUGCAGCUGCUCAGCAGCUUCUAGCCCAGCACACAGAGGAGCUCAGCAACCCAAAGCUACGGGACUGCACGCCCGCUGCGACCCCUGUCCCUCAGAGAAACGGCUUUGGAGGAGGUGGCCAGGCCGCCGGGCAGCUGGCCACCGGGACCUCGGGGGCGGGGUCCAUGGGCCCGAGCCCACACAUGAUGCGCCGAGGUACCAAGAAGCAGGCUCCCGCCCCCCCAAAGCCGAGCAACCCUCCCCCCGGCCAGCCCUGUAACUCAGUGAACCACGCCGCCUCUUCGGGCUCCUCCCCCAGACCCCUGUCCAGCCACUCCCCCACCUCGCCCCUGUCGCCCACCCCACAGCCCUGUGCCACGCCCCGCCGUCACUCCAGCAACCAGCCCCCGAUCCACGCGCCCAGCCAUCCGCCGCCGGAGCCCCCGACGCAGGCCAGCCCUCCGCCGCAGCCCGCCGCGCACGGCCACGCCGGCGGGGACCCGCACAGCGCCGAGCCUUCGCCUCCGAGCACGCCCACGCCACCGGACACCCCUCCACCCAACCAGGAUGCCGCCGCUCCUCCGUCCCCGUCUCCCUACCAGUCGGGCUCGCUUCCUCGGCCGCGGCCCGUCCCCAAACCUCGGAGCAGACCCAGCAUCCCCCCGCCGCCGCAGCCCAGCACCCUGGGCAGCGAGACCAACGGGAUCUGCGCCUCCGCGUACAAGAUGAUAGACCCGAUGAUGUCUUUCAAGGGGCCGGGUCGAGCUUUGGUCCCUGAGCUCGCUGUGGACCAGCAGCCAGUGACGACCUCUUCCUCCCCCCCUCCCUCCUGUCUGCCUCAUCCCAAAGACUGUGACCUGGACACUGAGAGCACUGUCCUAUAAGGAGACGACGAGGACACACUCUGGUCCAGUACUGCAUUGCUCCUCCUCAUCUCUCUCUCUCUUUCUCUUGCAAACGCGCACACACACACACACACACCUACACGUACGCCUCAUCCGUCGGUCCACAGCUCAUAUCUGCAGCCCUGGUGUCUGAAGGAU